UUGAAUAAUUUACUUCCGGAAAAAACCGCACGCAUGCCGGGAACUUCCGCACGUUCAAAAUGGCUGCCACCUUGGGAGAAAGCAAUGCGUCCCAAGAUAAUGGUGGUUCUGCUCAGAUGUGCAAUACAAAUAUCCCUCAGACAGGCGGGGUAAUGUCUUGCACAACGGCUGAUGAACCAGAUGCAGCUGUUCAACAACCAGAACAUAAUGACAACUUACGAGGUCUUUUCAAAUAUGCUCAAACGGAAUUCAACAAGGAAAGAAAGAUCUUGAUUAAGAACGUGCCGACUGAGACAAGUACACAGGAUAUAGAGGAGUUUUUGAAAGACUUUGAAGUUAAAGAAACUAUUUACUGUUGCCAGUCUCAGCAGGCUGAGGUGGUAUUACAGCAUGGGGAGGAAGCUGAGGCAGUGGUUGGUGCACUGGACAACGGUGAGCUGCUGGGGGUGGAGGUGUCAGUGUGUCUCUGCCCCAGUGACAGGCUGCUGGGGGUAGCACACCUCCCACAGGAUUACACUGAUGAGCAGUUCACACAUCUAGUCUCAACUCAUGGGAAAAUACUCAAGGCUUUCUUGAUGAGAAGUCAACUGUCAGGUAAUAGCAAGUCAUAUGGCUUUGUUGAGUAUGAAGAGAGUGCAGAGCGAACCCGAGAUAUCAUGGCUGAGUUGGACUGGUGUGAAGUGGCAGGAAGAAAGUUACAUGUGGAUCUGAUGGAGGAGAAUCUGCAAACAUGGAGCAAGCUACAGUCCCGGUGUCUCCUCAUUGACAACUUGCCAUGGGACUUUGUGGAUGUCUCAAAAAUGCGUGAAAUAUUCAGCUGUGUCACUAGCCCUGUCUACUGUCAGAUAGCUGUGAAAGAGGGGAAAUCACUUGGCUUUGGAAUCAUUGAAUUCCGUGAAGAAGGUGAAGCUGAGGCUACCUGGAUUAAACUACAAGGUCAUGUACUCAAGGAUGCCCCUAUUUCACUGUCCUUCUGUCUUCCCGGGCGUCCAGCUGUUGUCAUUUACAACAGAAUCAUGUGGAAGAUGGACAAGAAGUUUGAGCCCAGCAGCAAGAGCAGCCUACUACCAGACCCCCUGUUUGUGAGUCCUGCCUUGCUGAGCAGCCCGCUAGUGAAGGGACUUACCAACCAGUUCCCACAGUUGAUCCCAACCUUUAUGAAGUCUCUUCAUCAGCUUCACCAGACAUACAUCAACUCUGUGAUGUCCCGCAAUACCAAGCCAGGAUUGCUUGGCCCUGCUCCAUACCCACCGAUGAGCCCAAUCAUGAACCCCAAUAUGCAGCUGGGACUCAUCAUCCUCAUAGCCCUUCGUAUGCAGGCACAACAGCCACAUCAGUUCACAGGUCCCCUGGCAAGACAGCUGAAUCUGCUUGGUCAACAAACUGAUUCUCAGAACAAUUCUGUAGGCAGCAAGCCAUCACUUCUCGGAGACCCAAUGACUGCACGUGCUAACAUGUUGUUGCAGAGUUUGUGGGUUCAGCUGAGACCCCCGCUUGCCUCCACCACUCAAGAUCAAACCAUGCCUAAACCUCUCAUGUCCAUUCAGACAGACAUGACGUCAACUUCAGAUCCCAAAGAUGUCCAGUUUUUCCAAAAACAUUUACAGAAUGUCAAAAAUCUUAACCUGAAUCUGCUGAUGAGCCUUGGUCAAGUGAUGUUUUCAAUGAACAGUAAACAGAGUGAAGGAGCUGAUCAGCCAGCACUAACAGCUCCUGGAGCAUCUCAGCCUUCCAAUAAGGGGAAGGAAGGAUUGUUACCAAACCCAAACCCAGUGGCCAGUUCCAGUGGGAGAAACGGUCCCAUGGGAAAGUCAUUAUUGGGUAAUGGAGCUGAUGGCAACAGCUUCACACAAACUCUGCCUAGUGCACUUGCCUCAGGAUUGCUGAAGACUAGUAGCCAUGAAGCUGGGGCCAAGGCCUCACUGCUUGGGGAACCGCCUUCUCGUGUACAAGGGAUUGGUUUGAAAGAUUAUGGUAACAUGCUGGGAACGCGCCUCUCAAAGUCUGUCUUCAGUCAGCCGAAGGGUUUUGGUGGGGAUGCAGGUUUCUGGAGUGGAAAUGGUGUCAACUUUGAUGACUCAGGAUAUGUGGAGCCUACUGAAUAUGGCCAACAGAAGCAGUACUCAGAACACUACCUACAUCAGCCCCUGUCUGCCGGCUAUCAGAGCAACGGCAGUAAUGCCAGCAAUGGGUCCAGCCUCGUGAAUGCCUUCGCCAACUACCAGGCUGCUACUGGCGCACAGAGCAGUGACCCCACAUCCAUGAGUUACACGGGUGGCGGCGGCCUGCUCCCCACACCAGCAGGAACAUCCUCCGCAUACAGCCCCCCUGCUCCUCUUGUUCACCAUAUCAAAGUGCCAAGCACACCAAUUGGUCAAAAACGAAGCUAUAGUUCUCUCUUACCAAAACCAGAACCCAGCCCUGAAGGCGAGUAUAUCAUAGGCCAACAUUCGCAAGGCAUCGGGGGACAUUAUGCUGACUCCUAUCGCAAACGCCAGAAAUUGGAUCAGCGCUACUGAGUCCAAGCACAUUUGAUGACAGGCACACUAGGAACAUGUACAAGUGAAUUGAGGAGGACUGUCACUUCUCCUUGGCCUCCCUGACCUGAGUAGGAUGCUGGGAGACACAUAUGAAGCAAAAUGUCUUGAAUAUGGUCAAUCAUGGCAGCAGUAUUCACGAUAAUCUGUAGUGUCUGUGUUAAUGGCCAUCAAUUUGACUGCAUGAAAUCUAAAUGUAUUGUGUCAUAUUACAAAUGCUUAAAUGUAUGACAACUUGGCUAAAAAACUGAACACCAAAUAAUUUCCAUUAUUGCCAAACAGAUUUGAUAGGUUAAUAUGGACCCAGCAUCAGAUUUUAUCACACGACAUGUACUUUAUGUGCAGGAAUAAAUAAUACUAAUGUUUGUAUUUAAUUGAAAACUAAACCUGUAGAGGAUAUUUUCUGAACCGUAAAUGGAGUGCCAUAGAGUAAUUACAGUGCAGUUCUGUAAGGUGACCACAUAGUCGGAGGAAUUGCAACUGUGUGGAGUUGUGUCCCUUAGCAGGUUGGUGUUUCCUCCCACAUUAAGCUGGUCUGCUAUGAUGUAACUGGAAUACUGUCUUGAUGCUCCCUUCAACUCACUCACUCACUCACUCGCAAUUAGGAGGCCAAUUGUUUCCUUGUGUGACUUAUCAGUAUAAGUUGGUACAUCCAAAUACCAGUCUGUGUUAGUUUUUGUUCAAGUUCACAUGCUUGUGGGAUGAUGUAAUAUGCAUUUCAAGGAAAUAAAUUAACUCUCAUUGACCAAGCCAAUCACCUUGCCCUUUGAGUAUUGAAUCAUAAUUUGGGGCAAUGGCUUAUAAAUAAUGUUCCAUUAAAAGUUUUCCUGAUUAAGUUUAUGGCCAUUAUUCUGAAUAUGAUGUGUUGCAUUGCUGCAUGUGUCUCAUACCUCCACUGAUACGAGGGGAGUUCAAUAAGUUUUGCAACUUCAGUAUAAGACCAAGUCGCAGAAUAUCUUUAGCACUUUCAUGUUUCAAUAUAAUCUCCAUUCACCUCGAAACAGUUAAAUCACCCAGUUAAAUCACCCA